GGGACAGCUGAGUGAAUGUGGUGACUUUAUCCCUUUUUUAAUGAAAGCGUGUCCUGAUAAGUGUUUUGCACGCAUAAACUACAGAAAAGUGGACAACACAAGAAUGCCGGGGUGUUUGGAGGGAGGAGACCAGUGAGGCAGUGCAUGGUGUUACACCUUCAUCCCCAGGAUCCUCAUAUGGUGACAGACUGAAUAUCCAGGCUUUGUAGACAGAGAGCAGGAGAUUUUAGGGUGCUGGUUGGGAGCCAGUGCAGAGAAGUCGUCCAAACAGAUGGCCACACCUUUUGUGCCUGUGCCUGUCCCCAUGGACAGGGGUGUUCUUGGGACAGGUAAACCCAGACGCACACAGAGAGCCUCCUCUCUGGGCAGUGUCUCCAGUAGCUCGGAGUCAUCCUCCACCAAAGGUGCUGGGGAUGACACAGGACAGCUGAAGAGAGGUACUGGGAUCCUUAGCUCAGAGCAGGGGAGCUUUACCCCACCGCUUCAGUGUCAGAGCCCCGUGACUCGCGCCAGGAUGAACGGGAUGGAUCCCUCGGUGGAGUACUCCAACUGCCCACGGCCUGAAAGCCCACCCGACAACUCCGACUGGGAGGAAAGGCCAAUCACCCCCACCGUGCUGGGCUACGAGGUUAUGGAGGAGAGAGCCAAGUUUACGGUGUAUAAAGUGUUGGUGAGGAAGAGCCAGGAUGAGAGCUGGGUGGUUUUCAGACGCUACACAGACUUCUCCAGACUCAAUGACAAGCUGAAGGAAAUGUUCCCUGGGUUCAGGCUUUCCUUGCCGCCGAAACGCUGGUUUAAAGACAAUUAUGACACAGACUUUCUUGAGGACAGACAGCUGGGUCUUCAGGCCUUCCUGCAAAAUCUGGUUGCCCAUAAAGAUGUUGCCAACUGUAUUGCAGUGAGAGAGUUUCUGUGUCUGGAUGACCCUCCGGGACCCUUCGAUAGCCUGGAGGAGAGUCGGGCGUUCUGUGAGACGCUGGAAGAGAGCAACUACCGGCUGCAGAAGGAGCUGCUGGAGAAGCAGAAGGAAAUCAAUGCCCUAAAGAAGAUACUUGAGGAAAAGGAACUCCAUAUUCAUCUAUUGGAGAAGAGAGUCAAUGGAGAAUCUCUGACUCCGGAGAGUUUGCAUACUCUGUCGGCUCAGGGGAGUGAGAGUAGUGUGGAGGCAGAUGGAGACGUGGAGUCCUCCACGGCCGAGGCUGACCAGGACAUGCCUGAGGAGAACGGUGAGCUUCAGUCUCCCAGGAACUCUGCGUGUUGGUGUGGGCCAGCCAUUAGCAGCUCUCCUCCUGUCAUUCAGGUGACCCAGCUGGAGCAGUGAUCCAGCGCUGAGCUUCUCCCUCUCCCUUUCUGCCUCUCCCGCUCACAGCAGAGAGCCUGUCCCCCACCCCCCGGAGCAUUCCUUGCCUGCUGAGAACUCAGAUUUGGGCCACAGCCUCCCAGAGAAUACACAGUGGAUGGAUCGCUCACUUCUCUAUAGACUCACUGUGACCGAAACAGGUCCCUGUCAGAGGCUGGUACUGGGAAUAUGAAUCUAAACCUCGUGCCAGAGGCAACUGAAUAAUGACUUUCAUAGGGGCGUCCAAAAAGACUUCUUUUUGAAGCAAUGAAUGCACAGGCUCUCCUAGGUGAGAAGGUGUCUUCCAACCUUGAGCUUGCUCUAUGCUCAGCUUUCUCAUGUCAUCAACUGAAUGACCAUUUGCCUUUUGAGGGAUGUUAAAAAAAAUGACAAUUUUGAUAUCAUUUUUCUUCAGUUCUGAGCUUGUGUCUAGCCAUUAGUUGCUAGAUCUUUACUGGUGUGGUCUUAUAGCCAAAGAGUGCUUCUCAACCAAAAACAUUAGAUAGAAGGUGAAUCUCUAUAAAAUGAUUGAGAGGCUGAAAAUCCCUCUUAUUACUGUGUGACAAUCCACAGGCAGAGAGAGGCCUAUGUGCUCUUCAGCGCUGAAGCCCUACUCUUUGUCUGUGUACGCAUCAGCAGAGUAGCACCCUCUGGUGGCUGACACAGGCACUUAUACCAACAUUGACUCAGGAAGAUCAAUGUGCUAAUGAACGAAUCCACUCUGUUUGAGUACCAUGAUCAGACUGUUGUUUCAGUCAAUUGGUGUAUGUUUCUUUUCCCCAGAUGUCAAGGCAGUUUAAACACUGUUGGCUAAUGCCCUUUUUGUCUAUGCUAUGCUACCAGUCUCCCGUCAUGUGCUGGCACUCCAUCUGUUCUUUUCUCGCCAUGAAAAAGGAGGGGAGAAGAAUUCUCUGACAGAUGUACAGAUGACACUCUUGGAUAAGUUUGUUCUGUGUUUGUGGACUGUGUCACGUUUGACUGUGCUGAAUGUGAGACACUUGUGAACUACACAUGUUUUUAAUCUUGUUUUUGAAUGUCACCCUCGUUUUGAUAUCAUGCACUGUUUGCACUGUAAUCUUCGUGAAGGUCUAAACACUAAGUGAACCUUAACAUAUCAUAAUUAAUGGGCUUUUAAGAAAAAUAAUGAGGUACUUACAGGGGCCUGAUGUGUUGUAGUAAUGUGAUCAUUUUUGUCUCUGUGGGGGUCAUCCCACAUCUGACCCACUUUUGUCAUAGAUGUAUAGUCUGCACAUGCAAUAUGAAGUCGGCGUAUUUCAUUUUGUGUCAAGCGCACCGGUUCCUGUGAGUUGACAGGCACUGCAUGAUGGCCUUCAAGAAAUGUUUCAGAGCCACGUGUGACAGCUCAUGUCUUGGCUCUGCAUCUCCUCUGGCCUUAUUCCUACACUAUUUCAACCACUGAUGGUGAUGUUAAGUGUCCUCACGUAACCUGUGAAAUGGCAUAGUUAAGACUAUGCACAAUACCUUAAAUACCGUGUGCUCUCAUUGAAUGGUGUACAUAAUGUUAGGAACUACGCAAAGAUUUUUUGGACACACGUUAUACUAUAUGUUGGCCCUGAGGGAAACCCUGAAGUUCUGUGUAGAAUGAAUCUGAGAAGUGAUGAUCUUCUCUGUGUUUUAUGGUCACAGUGAGUCAUCUCAUUUUCAUGUAUAUUUAUGUGUUUGUCUGCACAUACAGGUGCGCGUUUUAAAUGCAACUGAAACACUUCCAGACACAGUGACUCAUACACCACUUUAAGCCAUGCUCACCAGACUGGCUGUUUUUGUUAGGUCAGGCUGUCAGAGUUUCACUAUAAGCCAUACUGGGUAGAACAAUACAGUUGUAUUAAUGUGUUUAUCCAUUCGCAGAAUAGCAUUAUCAAAACUAAUGCUUAAUGCAGAUGCCUAGUUGUAGGCCUAAAGCCUGCUCUCCUUUUUUGGUUUUAGCUCCUAACAGGAGAUGGCCGAGUCAUUGUUCGGGGGCGAGGGGGGGGGGUGGCACAGCAGGUCACGUGAUGCACUUUAUGUUCCUGAGGAUUUGUAUGAAAGGAUGCUUCUGACCGAGCAAGCAAAGCCUCGUUAUUUUUAAAAUUAAACUUUCAGCUUCAGCUGAAACACAGUGCCUUCCUCUUUGUCUUCAUACACUCACUCUUCACAGCUUUGGUUUUGUGUGUGUAUAGUUAGGUUCCCCGCAUCUAGAGUGCCUUCUAUUUCCCUUUUUUUGUGUAAUUUUAAUUGCUUGUAUAUCAUGUUUAUCAGUGUGUGUUUUUUCUGGACUUAUUUUAGUCUGAAUAGGCUUAUCACCCCGCAGAGUGAGUUUUCAGGUGACUAUAAAUGAUGCUAUUUCAAACUCAUUCAAAAAAAGGAAAGAGAGAUUCUCAUUGUUUACCGAGAGGAAGGUGUCCUUUGGAUAGAAAAGCUUGAUUCUAAGUUGUAAUCCAUUAAAUACUCAAGUACUCAAGCACCAUAAUAAUGGAAGACCUUCUAUGCCUGUGUAUGACUGCAUCUGUGUGAUAUGAGAGCACCACUCUCAGAGGUUGAAAUAAACAUUUGCAUAGAUGUCUUGGCACUCAAAAAUGGCAUAAAAGAAAUGUCCGAUUAAUUUCCUUCAGCCAGCGAAGGAGGCUUAGCAUUGUUGAAUGGAUAAACAGAGGAUUAGCCCAAUGCUGGCUCUUUUUGUGGAGGAGAUCAGGGAGGCCGUGUGUGUUUGGGAUGCAUUGUAAUACUCAUGUUCAGACUUAUGGUCUUGUCUCUGAACAUAUAUGUUAACCUCUCUCCAUGACUGACUACAGGUGGCUGUUCACACAUCUAGC